AUGGAUGGAGAUGAGUGCGAGGACGCAUCUUCGUAUUACGUCGUUGAGGAUGCCAGAGCAAGACGCUCCUCCUCGGCUACCUUGGCUGACUCUGUAUACCAGUCCUACCUCCCGAAGUGGCUGGACUUGAGGCGCGGAAGGUCACAGUCCCUCCCGCAGCGUCGCAAAUCAUGUCUGUCGCGGAGGUGAGUUGUCCGCCCAGAGAAAAUCAGCCCACUACUUCAAAUGGACCCCUCCAAAGUAUUUUCGAGAGUUUCAACAACUAGAUGAAACCUCCUAAUUCAAGCUCGAUAAAUGGCAUAAGAUGUGGUUCUGCAAUAAGGUGCCGUAAAGUAGGCUCUAUAGAUUUAAAAUUCCUUACUGGUCAUGCCUUACGCUCUUUUUCCAGAUUUGCCACACAGUAGAUGUUAAACGGAGCCUUAGCAGUUUUGACAUACAACAUGGGAAACAGUCUCACGACACAUUAUGAUUCAUACUCAUCUAGGCAAUAGGUGUAGAUAACUUAGAUUUAGGUCGAACUAUUUUCGUAUUCUUACUUUUAUGCUAAUCUUAUUAUUUAUGUAGUACCUGAGAAGAUUCUUAGAAUAAUUCAUGCAUUUUAACUGCGCCCUUUGAGGCCGGUCCACCUUCUAAUCCCCUUACGAUAAAUUAAAACAAGUUAGUUUCAUGGAAAUGCAACUGUCCAAUAAGACUCUGACUUAUACGGGUGACUGUGGGAAUUUUAUGUUGUAGCCAAAAUGUUAGUUGAAGAAAGCGAUUUUUUACAUGGACAUUAUGGGUGAUUUCCUCAUUUCCUUAACAUAUAAGAAACAUGUGUUCUAACGGAAAAAUUGACAGUAAAUUUGGCCAUAAUUCCCAAGUUGAUCGUAAUUAACUAAGAAUGUCUGUGCUGCACAAAAGCACACAGGAAAUGUGUUUCAUUUCACAUAUCAACCUCUGAGACUAAUAGAAUAUUUAGCCGACUUGGUUUUUUUCGAAUUUUCAGAACCAAGAAUGCGUCAGAAAUGAGUUUGCUAGAAAGUCUUCGGUCGAAGGAGACCGAAUUGCGCGAACUCCUUGAAAGGUGCAAGAGCCUUAAGACGGAGGUAAAGUAGUCAGUUGAUCUGCAACUUUUAUUUGUACCUAAAAGGAUUAUCUUCAUACAAGUAUCGUUCUUUUUGCCUAAAUCCCACUCCCUAGUAUGUGGCAUAAUUACUCUGAAAAUUCCCUAAAUCCAAUAGUUUACCUGAUAGUUAACUCUAAAACGGCGAUUUGACGACCAAAAAGCAAAGGUGACUGGAACGGUUAUUUCCAGUUUUUCGGUCGUGGUCGCAGAUCACAGCCCACCUACACGAUGAAAAACCCAAAAUGUGAAAAAAGAGUCGAACUCCAACCAGUGUGGUCGGAAGAAUUCCAAGUCGCGUGAGCGAUUUGUCCAGCUAUGUUGCCGGUUUUGGGCAGAGUCCAGACGUUCCGCCUUGCACUUCGAUUGCCUACUAGAACACUCGCUGGCGGAUACAUAACGUUGGGAAGUUAUACCCGAAAGGCAUUUCUGAUAAAGAUAAGGACCACUGCAACUGUCAUCACUGGCUUUUUCUCCGCCUUUGCAGAGCUUGAUUCAUUUCCAGGCCAGCGAAAUCUGAAAUUCGGACCCGAAACUAGCUGUUCAUUGGCCUAACGACGGGCACACGCCAUGCAGACCGCAAUAGGAAGUAUUUAAAGGCACGCAGAAGUAGUAUUCAUCCAUCUGACCUGUUUUCACUAUAGGAUAUGGACGUGCCUCUUUGGAUUUGAAAUCUUUGUUGCACAAUCACUUUCGCAGACUCCCAAUGAAAGAUCAAAAUCAAGACACAAGGUCCCUACCAGCGCAGCAAUUACGUCAAAUCGGUGAAUGCUUACCCCAUAUAUUUCUAGAUCAAAGUUAGCACGAUGAGGCUUGUUGAUCGCUGGGAUAACAAUUGUUAGGACCUAACUCAAGCACCCCGGACCGUCACCAUUAAACGAGGUUUGCUUGGCGGUCCCGGUCUUUGCUGUUAGCACAGACCACUCACGCCCUUUUCUUUCUGUCCUUUACUUUAUUAGUGAUGCAAGGAUGGGUAUGAUUGUAUUUUGGAUUCGGAAUGGGAGUAUGAAUUCACCGUAUUACAGGUAGCCUUGCCCCAAAUGUCAGGGGCAUAGUGCCAGAUUUAGUGUCAGGAUUAGGGUUAGAGAGGCUAGGAUGAGGUAGUUUUAGGACUAUGAGGGCUAGGGUUUGGAGUACGCGGGUUAGCGUCCGGGCUGGGAGUAAAGUUUGGAAAUGAAACAGGUUCUCCCUGGGAUUCAGCGCGGGGCUACCCGUUGGGCGGGAACCCAAAUUCCUUUGGUCGAUCGUAUUUAGUAUCUAACGAGGAUUCAUGUGCGUCCGAGACAUCAUCAACUUGCAAUCCGACGUAAUUAACAUAUUUUAUGGGCCUUUACCGCAGUUACAGCCCUGGUAAACGCCGACAGGUUACCUGUAAUGCGUGCCUACCCGGCACAGCUAGUUUGUUGUCGAAUUCCACAUACAGCAGCUUACGAAAUUACUUGAUUUUAUUAAUUAAAAAGUGGACGUGUCUCGCUGUACGGUCAGUAAUGCUGACGAUAUGUAAAUUGAAAAAAGUGUCAAAAUCGAUGAAUAAGUCCUUCGGAGAUUUAAAUCAUUUCAAGAAUAUAAGCGAAUAUUCAAAAGGCGAUUUGGCGAGCAUAGUUGAUAAAUUCUCAUCAGGCCUGUACAUCUAUAUGACUAUGAAAUAAUGAAUCGAAAGAUACAGGCAAGUAGAUAACUAUGCCGUAGUCCGAGCUUGGGGGGAGCGGAACACCGAGAUUCAGUCAUUGCCAGGGAGAUGAUGGGCCUGGUAAGAUGGCUGGCUUGGUGGCUUUGAGCCAUGGCAACUGUGGGACCGGUAAAAAGUUCAUCUGUGCGUAUAGGAUCGGUUCGCGUAAUCUGAUUGCAGUCGUAUCUGCCGUAGCCAACAGACUCCCCCCAAGCAGCUUUGGAUAGCUUUACAGAACCUUGUAAAUCAUUCGGAAGGCGUCUCUGGCGUUUACACGGUUGUCUGUAUCUACCAUGUACGCGAGGAUAGAGCUGUUGAUGUCUUUUAUUCGCCCCUUUCUUAACUACGAUGGAGGAUGUUUUUUUAUUCUUUUGGAGACGUGCCCGCUCGUGCGACCGAUAUAUUUUGCUCACGGACCUUUCCAGCAGCUGAUAUCUGUGCACUGUUCUCCAUUAUUCAUAGCCUAUACGGAGAGGGCAAGGACAAACUAUCAGCCCAGACCACCUUUAUGUGUAAUUACUCGUUCACUUGCUCCUGUGGGGCCGGUGAAAACUGCAUUAUCCUGAACUUUCGGACACGUAUAAAAAAGUAGCGUCAGAGAUUACGAGAGAACACUAACACGGGCAGUUCUGUGGUCUGACGGGUGAGAUGUCGUGUCCUUAGCUAGAGCUGGAGUCACGUUGCCUGAUCGACCAUGGUCUCCCUGUACGCUGAAGGUGGGCGUCCUCGGCUGGGAACUGGUCACGCGGACGUAAUCCGUAACAGCAGAGAAGCAAAUCGAUAUGUCCGCCUAUGGAGUUGCUAUCGGGGUCGAGACGCCCAGCAGCUCUCGUCCUGUCGUGUUGCCGACCAACACCCCUGUCCGUGCGCUCAAAGUCGAUUGUGUAGCCUUCGUCUGGAAUAUUGGCAGUGAUUUAGGAGACCCGGCGGUCUCUCCGAAGCGCUCGUUCAUGCUCGUGCAUCCAUGAACUGAGUUACCGUUCUGUCCGGCCUGCAUAUAAUGCCAAGGAUAGCCACGAUAUGGAAUCAGAUAAACUAUAAGGGGUUGUCUGGUAAUUGAUGCAUCUUGUUAAUCGUACCUUGUCAAGCGCAUGUUAUAGUGUUUUUCUUUGUGUAGAAUUUGAUACCAGAGGUUGUUUUUAAAUGUCGAUUUUCUCAUGGGCUCUCCAUCUGCUUCUGAUUCCGACUUUGUUGGCCUCUAGCAUUGGCCGCGUAUGAACGAAACGACCAAAUGUGAAAAGUGUUGUAUUGAGCCUCACUUUUUGCAUUACAAACUAGGUCUGAAAAGGUUUUAUCAGGUUGCCCAUUCUGUUCAACUACGACGUUGUUCGGUUUAUCAGAUGGGUCCUACGCGGUUUUUACAACGUCGAAUUUGUACUCGGACUCCUGAUGAUGACCAAGACUACACUGAAGAUGCCGUCUGGCUAACUUCCAACUCCGAUAUCCUACAGACCGUGGUGUCGCGGCUGGAUGAGUUCGCUGAAUCACUCGGUUUAUCCAUAACUUCCGGUAAAACCAAAGUAUUCCCGAGCCGCAUCUCUGAGCAGGGAAAGGUGGCCGUCAGGAUUAAUGACCGUCAAUUUUAGGAUGUAGGCAAUGCUGCUGCCAAAUGGACAGAAUAAGUCUGACAUCACCUCCCGAAUGGAUGCCGUUCGCGGGAUUCUCACAGCCUUUAGGAAAUGUCUAUGGAGUUGACGCGAUGUCUCAAUCGCGAUAAAGGUUCGCGUAUACUAGUCAUUGGUGUGAUCCAUCAUCCUAUAAGAUGGUAAGUGCUGAGUUCUGCGCGCGAAAAAUGAGCAAAAACUAGAGGUGAUUGACCACCAUUGCCUGAGAAGCAUACACUAACCCUGUCUCGAAUAAGACAGUCCGAACUUGCUGCAACAACAUCAGAAUAUCUCAGGCCAUCCGAGGAAAACGACUGUCGUCUAGGCACACUAUUCGACGCUCGCUCCACGAAUGUGGUGUUUCCGCCCUCGAUUCGUCGUCUAAGAGAAAGUCAGUGCAAAACCCUGCUCGGCAAAAUCCCCCAAGACAUGAAGGUGGUUCUUGGUCUCUGAGUAUUCGGUCCACGCCACUGGAGGGGGGUCCUUCCAGAUCUGCCACAGCAGACCAUCACACGGGCAGACGUACACUCCGCGACACCAUAAUCACAUUUAUACCAAGUACAAGCCUUUCUACCGACAAACACUCGAGCUCUCAUUGAGAAGUCGACGCAUUUCAUUGAUUAGGCUAUUGGUGAGGUGCUGCGACUUCUUGAAUAAGACAAAUGUUGUAAAAAUGCGAUUAAAAUCCUGAGCACAGAAGUAAUGGUGGGGAAGCGCCAAGGUAGAAUACACAUGAAAGCUUGUACCGUAAAUUGACUUAUAAGACUACUUUUGUCUAAGAACCGCUUAGAAUUCCAUGUAAUUGAGCAUAAACGGUUGUCACGUAGAGAAAUAUUCGAUCACCGAGGCGCUGGUCCUAGUAGCUUUCGGACCCGUACCGGAGCCCACCUUCAGAGACUGAAGGGACAAAUAACGCGAGCAACUUUGUUGUCCGACAACGCGGUAGGAGCGGAAAAGUCGUGUCAUUGGCCGGGACUGAUGUCAUGCUGCCCGUCCGGAAUGGUCUCAUUGUGCGGCGGACGUGUACGUCGUUGUCCCAAAACUGGCCCGCGCCAUCCGGCUGCGUGGUUGUAACGCAUGAUAACGGGAAAGUAUAUCAAUUUGUCUGUCUAUGAAGAUGCUGUCGAAGACCGACGACUCCAUCAACUCUCGCCUUGUCUUGUUACCAGUGUUUCCGAAGUCGAAUUUGUGGUCUUACCCAGGGGUGCGAACAGCGGCUUGGGACAGCGGGUCGUCUCUCUGAAUGACCCGUUUGUGCUCGCGUAUCCGUGAGCCAAGUUGUCAUGCUGCCUGGAUCCCACAAGGCUAAGGGUAUUCGUGGGACAGGAUUGGAUAAAAUACACCAGAUUGCUCACCUAUGUCCAGGUGGACCUUUCAUCUGCAUCUGGUACGCACGGUAGCUGCAGGGCGAUGGGCGACGUUCUCGUCACUGUCUGCGGAAAUUCGUUCUGUCGUUUCUGAUGCAUCCCCUACAACAGCACGAUUCCAAAGUGUUGGUAGGUUUCUCUCGUUCGUUUCUACUGGGCGCAAACGGAGGCGGGAGCUUAUGAAGUUGUCUGGGCGACCAGUGCUUGUCGAUUGGCACCGUGGAUGCCAGAGUAGCUGUAUUUGUCCCCCCCCCUCCCUCCCUUCCCCGGGUUUCUGCAGUGCAUUUAUUGACAUCAAUGAAGUUAAUGACUGAUUUUCAACUGCUGCCUGCCGCUUCAUAACCAUUAACGGGAAGCGGGUAUACGACAGUUUUAAUUUAUUUAGAAAUCAGUCCAGUCGACUAAGAAUGCAUUUAGAAGGAGAGGCAAAACAAGCAGGAAACAAGUGGUAUCUUACAGGGAAGUGUGACAAUCAAGAAAUUAGGGAGUACCAGGACCAGAUUUGGCUGAAAACUUCAUUAAGUUAUUUACACAGGUCGGGUUUUCCGUGUUUAAUAAUGGCUUAUAACAUAGAUUCGUUCUGAUAUAAAAACGGGUCAGUCCGUUAUUACUACAAAUUACUUAAUGCGCCAGUCGCCGUGUCUGUUUUUUCGUUCAGUGGAGCACACGGUGGACAUCAUCGGCGACGACGGUCGGACUGUCAUCAGUGGUGUCUUAUGGCACAGCACGUGUGCACCAUUGCUCCGAUUUAAGCUGUGUCCCUCUGCAGCGUUGGUUAGCUUCGAGCUCUCGCGAGGCCAAGUCUCGCGCGAUCCCAGAAGCGAAUUGACGGGAAGCACGAGGCGGACAGAAAGCCUGCAUGACCAAGCGACAGCGAUGGUGAUCUCGAACUGCAACAAACAAACAGAACCUGAGUGACCCGAUUAAACUUAUUAGAGCCAGCGACCCAGCUAGUCUUAAUUAGCUCAAUGGAUGAAGUGAACCUUAAGUAACGGGUCAGCUACAGACGGCCGUUGCAUCCAGAAGUCUCGCGCCCAGACCUGAAAUCGUAGUGUUAUCGGGCAACACGACCUCAGCUGCCGCAGUAUAAGAUAUCAAACCCAGUCACGGAUAAGAGUUUAACUUUCUCAAUGAGACUGGCCACGCUUCUGGCAGACUAUUUUUGCGGAGUGGUUUUCGCAUCAUUGUUUCUGAUUUUUCUCCAUCCCUUUGACGUAUCCUGUGGCAACCUGUUUGAGGUAAGAAAUUCUAGGCGUGUGCCGCGAAACUAAUCCAGAAUUCGGCAACAAUCGGGAGAUGGCACCCAAAAAAAUCCGCCUAACCAAAAUGGCUUGUCUUACGGGACAGGUGGUAAUAGGAGAUUUAUGGGUGUUGGCUGGUCGGGAUGUACGAUACUAGCCGACGACAAACCUUACUUGAACAGGUGAAUGAUCGAAGUUGGUCCGCUCUCCGUUCCGUUAUUACAAAGUGGGUCGCCAAAGGCAUUAUAGUGGUAACGGACGAGUGGAAGGCGUAUAAUCGUAUUCUCUCAGAAGGUUAUCUACAUUUCUCUGUUAACCACUCAAAGGACUCCAAGGGCCCUACCACCGGACGGCACACCAAUGCCAUUGAGGCAUACUGGAGUAGACUGAAAAGGAAACUCCACGAGGGAGGCCCUGUAUGCGGUCGAGCUGUGUGGGCUCACAUAGACGUAGUACAGUAUCGUCUUUGGUUUGGCUUCAAUGUCAUGUCUUUGACAGAUGCCUGGGAACUGUUCCUGUCCCCUGUUGUGCAGACUUAUCCUAUUUAAAAGUGUUUUUGUUAUGUAAUAAACUGCCAUAAUGCGAAUGUAUGUCGUAUAUCCAGGUGUAUGUGUGUAACGAUGGGGAAGGUUGGGUAACAGCGACCAUCGUCCAUGCAACCUCCUGCGAUGUUCGUUCGACCAGCCCAUGUUAGGCCGUCGUGGAAAGUCCAAAUAGUGCGUGAAAGCAGGCCUGCAACCGCUGAUAUAGCCUGAAGGCGUUUAAGUCCACUGUAAAAGGUAUUAUUUCUAGGUAACGGAUUUUUUGGGUGCCAUCUCCCGAUUGUUAUCCAGAAUUCUAUAAAUUUUAAAAAAUUCAUUUUCUGAAGGCAGAUCACGAGAGAUGGAAAUUAGCCUAACCUUCUCCAUUGUACUCAUUCAUUGGGACUUGACAAUGGUUUACUUACUAGUGGGUACGUGGCUAUGGCCGUCUGGAUGACCGUCUUAUGUCCUGAAGCUGUAGGAGUGUCUGAAGACAAUGGACGGUUUGGGGAGUUUGCUUGGUGCGUCGUAAUAAAACUUUGCUAACUUGUGUGCGCCGCUUGCUAAAGACGUUGGAAUUGUCUUGAAAUACCUUGCGAGUCUCUGAACCUUUGUGUCUGUUGUCGCCUUGACGUCUGAAGACUUCCGUCCUUUUGACCAAACAGUCUUCGUAAAGCCGUGUGUUCAAGAAUAAAACACACGUAGACGUUGAAAAGGCCAAAUUUGGGAAACACACGUUUGCGAUUGUCCAUCUUCCGGUCUGUACUGUAAUAUCGCCACGAUCCGACAUGUUUAGACACUCUUUACCCUUCUUCACUGACUGUUUUCCACCCCUCGCGUUCAUACCGUGGUGUCUUUUGGCAUAAAGGUCCGAUGAACGCUCAAAAACAUAGAGUAGAUGAAAUAACUCAUGAAAUGUCAUGAGAUAUCAUAAUAAAAUCCCUAUAACGCAAAAUCCGCCCAAAGUGCGUUCCUCAAAGCCUUAUAGCAGUGAAAAAAACAACCGCUCUUAAAGGGAAGUCAUUAUUAAGUUUAUAAGUCAACAUUUACUAACGUAGAAAUUGUAAAUUUUCACUGAAAACAAGAAUUUGGGAAAGUGGCUUUAUUACAAAUUGCUUAAAUAAAGCCAACUCUAAGGGUUCAUAAGGAAGAGGGCGCAUGAAAAAGGGAAAAUAAUGAAAAAUAACAAGUACAAAAUAUCAAUACUUUGUUGAUUGUCCGUUAGCAUUUAGCACAGUAGAAAGCCUCAGACAUGGAGAUGGUCAGAUUGCCUAUGAUGGAUUGUUUAGCGUGAUUAUUUGGCACAAAAACAGUCUUACGUUGAAACUUUCUUAUUUACCUCGUGUCAAUGUCUUUUGAUAAGCGCGAAAAGAUGUUCGAGAGGGUUGAGACCCGAGCUCUUGUCAGGGAUAAAGACCGACUGGAGGCCACAUUCAAAGAGGCUGGCUGUUGUCCAAAAAGCCAGAUUACGGUUGCAAGCGUUAUCAGAUUAUUAUCAGGGACAUUAAUGUGCAAAAUUAUGGUACUCAAUCUGCUUUAGUGGAUGGUCGUCGUAAUCGAAAACACCUUGCUGUUGAUGGUGUCCGUAGUUGACCGCCAGACUGGCCACCCUCCGAAUUAAGUAGCCAUCCAAACCAUUAACCGUCGAAAGUUGAAAGGUUGUCGUCGCCGCACUAUGCUCUUUUGGAGAUUUCUUCCCACUUGUGACCAUCUCGGUCGACUUCGUAGGCUUGUCUAAAAAUAAGACCUCAUCGCAGAAAUGAAUGCUCUUCCAGAAUGAGGGCUGGUAAUUAACAUAUUUCUUAGGAAAUAACGAACGGCUUGAUUAUGGUCUUUUGUCGAUGAAAUUCAAAUUCCUGCAUCCUUUUCCUAAUUACGUCUACAGCGAACAUCGACAGAUAUUCUCUGUGAACCAUGGUAGGGCCUUCGCGCGUAGCGCGAAUGCGUAUUCCUGAGACACAACACACGGGAGCGCGGAUCUUCAAAAUUGCUGACAAAAACCUGUUUGUUGAAUGACCCAGAGGGGGCUGCGGGCGUUAAAUGUGUAGGCUUUAUAACUUAAACUAGCUGUGACUCUUCAAACUUCCCUUGAUUCUGCUUUCCCGCCAUCUUGCUAGUAUGAACAAGAGAAAAUAAUUCGGCAAUUCCAACCAUCAAUUUAAACAAAAAUUGGUUUUUCUUCCUACACUCUCCCCGCAAAUUACGCUGUUUUUCAGAUCAGAAAAACUUCUAAAUUGUGUCGACAGCACAAAACGCAUUUGACAGGCAGACCUGAUAUUGAAUACGGUUUUUCGGACGAUGACUGCCUGGACACUUUAUCAUUGCAUCCGCCACGGGGUUAUUACAGCAGAAAGUCGAGCAGCAAGCAUCACCGACACAAACAUUCCUCGGAACACAGAUCUGGGCGCCAACCUAACAAUUAUGUGUCAACCCAGCCCCCUAUCUCUUCAGUUCGUUUUCAGAAUCAGUACGAUUCGCAAAUGAAACCUUGGUAGGUCUGCAGUCUCUUUUAAUAAGCGCAUUCCAUUUUCUGCUUAUUCGUGCUCGCAGAAACGUGUUGCCUCAUUUAUGACGCGAUUUUCUUAUACGCAGCACUCAUGCUGUUCGUGGUACAGUACCGGUUCGUAAGCUCCGCGGGCUGUGUGGUGUACGAAUGAGUAGUUGUACUUUUAGCUGAUGUAUGACGUACUGAUCUUUUGAAAUUUAGAAGUAGUUCUAGCAAACUUUUAAUUGGCUGGUUCUUCCUAAAGAACAGUAUCUGAAAUCGGGAUUUUCGCUUUCGAUUUCCUCCAAAAUUCCUCUCCCAAAACCUGCUGAUAUUCGCUUUUCAAAAAUCUCCGAAAGGGCAAGUUAUGGGUGUCGAGUUAUGUAAUUAGAAAUAGGAUUACAAAGGGGGAGGAAAUUUUUGUGUUCUUUUGGAGACCUCUAGUAUUUAAACUCCGCCGUCAUCGUUGUCAUGAUUCGAUUUGAAUUUGAUGAGCAUUGCGGUCGGAGCAUCGUUUUACCACAGUCUUACGAAGUAAAUAGAAAAGCGCAGAUUUAAGGAUUUGAGAGCAUUGCUCGAUAAUUGAAUUUCAGCCAAAUGUCGCUAACUGUGGCCCGGUGCUGACUGCAAAAGAAGUCCGAUACCUAGCGAUUAUGCUCUUUCCAUCUUGAACUCGACUUUCCCUAGCGCGUUAAGCGGUCACGUAUGACUUUUUGUACCAUCCAUUUCUUCGUGUAACCGCGUGCAGGACGUUCUUACGUCUCCCCCCCCCCCUAGUCGGUUCAUGAAAGUACCAAGAAUCCUGAUAUUUUUCUGACUGGUAUUCAGAAAGCACGAUCGAGACAGAGAAGAGUAUGAAUACUACUAAUUCCUGCUGGGAAACAAAUUAGCAUGCUGACUGUGAAAUAUCUGGUAACGAUUUUCUGCCCGAUUAAAGUGUUUGCUACAGUUUCUGCAAAUGAUCUGUACUAAGCACCGAUGACCUGUAUCUUUACGUCUUGCAAUUGGACAUUUCCAACUAAGACAGAAACACCUACAGUAGGUGAGUAAACUCAUAAAAUGUCAACCGAAAUUCCGAAAUGCGUUUUCGUUUCGAAAAUAUUAAUUAAGUAAGGUUGUAAAACUAAUCAGCAUGCAGCGGAAUUCUAUAAUAAUUCAGUUACCUCAGGAUGCCGGAUUUCGAGCGAACCUUUUUUCGGCUGCAUGCAAAACCCAUGCUCCGUAAAAAAUGACUAGAUAUGUAGCAUACCUUUUUUCUCAUUGGUUUUCAAUUACCUUGAAAAUUAAGUCAUAUUUCAUGGAAAACAUGCAUAAAAUAUUCAUUCUAUUGCUCAUCCAGUAUAAAUGACGCCUUUUUCCAGUUUUAUACUCGAAGGAAGGGCAUAUUUUGGUUUUAAAAACUUUUCCAAUUUUCGAAUAAUUUCGAACUUGACCUGCCGUUACACUCACGUUCAGGGCUUCCAAACUACAAGCCGUAUAUAUUCCGCGUAUGGAAACCCAUACAUUUCUCUACGGUAUUAAGAGGAGACCAUAUGGCAUUCAUAACCUUUAGUAGGGGAUUUAAGCCACAUUGUUAACUUUACAAGCCGCAUUGGUAAGUGCAGAUACAUGAUGUUUCAGGAAAAACCAUUCCACCGUAUUAAAUAUCUCACAAUUAGAAACUUUUUAAAACCAAAUUAUACCCUUCCUUCGAGUAUAAAAUUGAAGGAAGACGAAGUGUUCCAUCGAAUGAACGAAAUAAUGAGUAUUUGUAUGCAUGUUUUCGAUGAAAUCUAAUUGAAUUUUUAAUGGAAUCGAAAAUCGAUGAGAAAACUGCAUGCUAUGUAAGUAGCCAUUUUUGCAGAGUAUAGUUUUUGCUUGCAGCCGGAGAGAAGUUCGUUUGAAAGCCGACAUCCUGAUGUAACUCAAUUAUUGUAGAAUUGUGUUGCACGAUGAUUAGUUUUAAAACCCUACUUAAUCAAUCUUUUCGAAACGAAUACGCAAUUCGCAAUUCCGGUUGACAUUUCAUGAGAUAGCCCACCUACUGUAGUUUGUCUUUUUUGUGUCACCCUGACCCCAACAGUUUGCGGAACAACGCUUGACCGCUGCCCGCCACGGCUGCGCAGCAACCACAGGAUUUGAACACUACUGUUGUGGCAUCGGUUCGGUAGUCGUUAAAAGCACAUGUAGGAAUAUUUCAUGGUGGGAAGGAAGGGUAAUUGCAACUGCUAUGAUCCCCAAGCCAAGGGGAGAAGACUGAUACCAGUGGAAGAAGAAUGCCCCACUUACUGUAGAGUGCGUGAACUUUGCAGUUACGAUUCCCACUUUCCACAGCUGCGUUUUGUGAAUAGUACAGUACUCCAGUGAGGGCUUUGGACGAACUGUAGAAAGAAACGCAGGAAGAAAUUACUGAAAGGUCUCCAGUAAUGUCAACGAUCUCCUAAUCCUUAUUACGAGAACCCAACGAUAAUCGGAUAUAAAGGAUGAUGUGAAGCAGCCACUUGUUAUAUUAUGUUCGUGUAGGGUGGAGGGAUGUCCAGCUGUUUGCCCAUGUAAUGGCCGUAGUAAAUCGCUCACAUGCUUGCGUGUGUUGACUUCGCCUUGCGUCCACUAACUGGCACUCAACUCUCAUGUGUGGCUCAUCGGAGCUAGGCUUUACCUUAGGGCCACACCCCGUCAACCUUCUAGACCAGCGGACUAAACCAAGUUGAGGGCAUCUAGCGCUGUGUCCCCGAAUCCGGCGAAUCUGCUUCCCUUCCCAUCCCUGCUCCUCCUCCCUACCCCACUUCCCAUUCUCGUCUGCCUCCACGCCCGAAGGGAUUACUCCCUACUCACACCCCUAACCCUCUAUCCCCCUACCCUCCCCCUUCCAUCCCCAGUUUCCUCUUUCCCCCUCUCCCUCCCCCUUCCCCUCCUGCCACGCUAUUUUCUACUCUCUCUACUCUACUCCCUUUCCCACGGUCGAAAAGUCCUACGGUGAGGGCGACAUGCAAUGAUGUAGACGUCCAAGGCCAGCCGCGUCGUCCUCUUAUUAAACCAAUCCGCGACCCACAGUGGAGUUCGGCAGCCGUCUGGGACGACUUAGCGGCCAUAUUUAGGUACAGCACUGCUUGCCCCCUCGCGGAAGAGGGGACUGGAAAGGGUGCUGCAAACAGAUGCUGGGCUCAAGACACCUGCGCGCAGACCGUGGUCCUCAGACUGCAAUAAUGCGAUCUAAACAACGAAACAAGAAGCAAAAACGCCCUCUUUCCCCUCCCCAUCUUUUCUGUCCCACCCUAUAGGCUGCUAGGGUGAGUUCGCUCACUGUGGCAGCUUGGAGUAUUCGUCCCCUAUUAGACAAUCAGCGGAGCAACCGACCGGAAAUAAGAACGACAUUAGUCACUCGAGAACUGACGCGCUACAAAAUGGACAUUGCUGCAAUCAGCGAGACUCGGUUCUCCGAACAGGGUCAACUGGAGGAGGUGGGAUGUCGGCUACACCUUCUUCUGGGGCGACCGCCCAAGGCAGAGUGACGGGACGCGGGUGUCGCCUUUACCAUACAGAACGAUAUCGUGGGACAACUGCCCGUCUGCUACAGGACAACGGCGACCGACUGAUGAAUCUGCGCCCGUCUCUUCGGGAACCCAACUUCGACACCAUUAUCAGCGCCUACGCCUCACCAAUGAUCGGCCCAGACGAGACGAAGGCAAAGUUCUACGAAGAUCUGCACGCCCUCCUGACGUUUGUGCCGAAGGUGGACGAGUUGGUAGUCCUUGGCGAUUUCAAUGCCAGCAUCGGGACAGAGGGGUGUGUUGGGACCUCGCGGGAUCGGCGACUUCAUCGUCUGGUCUCCUAUAUCUGCACAACUGCGCUGAACACCGUCUCCUGCUGA